GGCUGAGCAUUCUAGAAUUGGAGUCCAAAACGAAUACAGUAAGGAGCUCGGAAUGGAUUCACACUGCAAUGGGUAAACUCAUUCAACUCGUAACACUCCUUAGCCUGCGGCCAGUCCCAACUGCGCAUGUGCGAUGACAUUUGUGGAUCCCAUUAUGGCGGAAAUCGCUUGUUUCCAAGGGGAGUAAAAUAAGUGCUGCACCAGGCCACCCGGAGGCUAAAGACCGAAACCCACACUCAUGUUGUCUCUUUCUUGAUACAAUAAACAUUUACUAAUGUCAAGAUUAAUUUAUUACAUGUACCACGGCGCAUAGUGCGAGUCCCUGGCAUUGCACCACGCUCGGUGGUGUUACACAGCCAGCAAUAUGGAGACCCAGCUACAAAAUAUCUUCGAGGAGGUGGUGAAAACAGAAGUGAUAGAGGAAGCUUUUGCUGGUAUGUUUAUGGACACACCGGAGGAUGAAAGAACAAAGCUAAUAAGUUGCCUGGGGGCUUUCAGACAGUAUUGGAGUGUCCUUCCUCAGGAGUCCCAUGAACAAUGUGUCCAGUGGGUUGUAAGGUUUAUUCAUGGGCAACACAGUCCAAAACGAAUUUCAUUUCUCUAUGACUGUUUAGCAAUGGCUGUUGAAACUGGACUUCUUCCACCAAGAAUGGUCUGUGAGUCUCUAGUUAACUCAGACACCCUGGAAUGGGAAAGAACACAGCUAUGGGUAUUAACAUUCAAACUUGUCCGGAAGAUUAUUGGUGGCGUUGAUUACAAGGGUGUGCGAGAUCUAUUAAAAGUGAUACUGGAAAAAAUUCAAACUGUUCCAAACACUGUCAGCUCUGCAGUUGUACAGCAACUACUAGCAGCAAGAGAGGUUGUAGCCUAUAUCUUGGAAAGGAAUGCCUGCCUUCUCCCUGCCUACUUUGCAGUGACUGAAAUCCGCAAGCUCUACCCUGAAGGGAAACUCCCACAUUGGUUGUUGGGAAAUCUGGUAUCAGACUUUGUGGACAGUUUUCGGCCUACAGCACGAAUCAAUUCAAUUUGCGGGCGUUGCAGUCUUCUACCUGUGGUGAACAAUUCAGGCGCUAUCUGUAACUCCUGGAAACUGGAUCCACUGACACUGCGUUUCCCUUUAAAAGGACUUUUGCCCUAUGAUAAGGACUUAUUUGAGCCUCAGACUGGCCUCUUAAGAUAUGUUCUGGAGCAGCCGUAUUCUCGCGAUAUGGUGUGCAACAUGUUGGGUCUUAACAAGCAGACCUUGAACAUUGCCCAGCACAAGCAACGCUGUCCUGUGCUAGAGGACCAGUUGGUCGAUCUGGUGGUAUAUGCCAUGGAGCGCUCUGAGACAGAGGAGAAGUUUGACGAUGGGGGAACCAGCCAGCUGCUAUGGCAGCAUCUCUCCAGCCAGCUCAUUUUCUUUGUGCUAUUUCAGUUUGCCAGUUUUCCACACAUGGUUUUGUCUCUCCAUCAAAAGUUGGCAGGCCGAGGCCUUAUUAAAGGCAGAGAUCACCUGAUGUGGGUCCUGCUACAAUUCAUUUCUGGAAGCAUACAGAAGAAUGCGUUGGCAGACUUUCUCCCAGUCAUGAAGCUCUUUGAUCUCUUAUAUCCAGAGAAAGAGUGCAUUCCUGUUCCUGAUAUCACCAAACCUCAGUCCACGCACUCCUUUGCCAUGACCUGUAUAUGGAUCCACCUGAAUCGAAAAGCUCAGAAUGACAAUUCCAAACUGCAGAUUCCGAUUCCUCAUUCACUAAAACUUCAUCAUGAGUUCUUGCAGCAAAGUUUGAGAAAUAAGAGCUUGCAGAUGAAUGACUAUAAAAUAGCUUUACUGUGUAAUGCAUAUUCCACAAACUCUGAAUGUUUUACAUUGCCCAUGGGAGUUCUUGUGGAAACAAUUUAUGGCAAUGGAAGUAUGAGGAUACCGCUACCCGGGACAAAUUGCAUGGCUUCAGGCUCCAUAACCCCACUGCCAAUGAAUCUCUUGGACUCGCUAACUGUUCAUGCAAAAAUGAGCCUCAUCCACAGCAUUGCUACCCGAGUGAUUAAACUGGCCCAUGCCAAAUCCAGCCUUGCUUUGGCUCCAGCACUAGUGGAAACAUACAGUCGCUUGUUGGUUUAUAUGGAAAUAGAGUCCCUCGGCAUCAAGGGAUUCAUCAGCCAGCUCUUGCCUACUGUUUUUAAAUCACAUGCAUGGGGAAUCCUUCACACCCUCCUGGAAAUGUUCAGCUACCGAAUGCACCAUAUCCAGCCUCACUAUCGAGUGCAACUCCUGAGUCACCUCCAUUCACUUGCUGGGGUUCCACAAACCAAUCAAAACCAGCUCCACCUCUGUGUUGAGAGCACUGCUCUGAGAUUGAUCACAGCUCUUGGCAGUUCAGAGGUGCAACCACAGUUUACCCGUUUCUUGAGCGAUCCCAAGACGGUUUUAUCAGCAGAGUCAGAGGAACUCAACAGGGCUCUUAUUUUGACUCUAGCAAGAGCUACACAUGUUACAGAUUUUUUCACAGGUUCUGAAUCAAUCCAAGGUACAUGGUGCAAAGAUAUUCUGCAGACCAUUAUUAGUUUCACACCGCAUAACUGGGCAUUGCAUACAUUGAGCUGUUUUCCAGCACCACUGCAGGCAUUCUUCAAGCAGAACAAUGUACCACAAGAAAGUCGCUUUAACCUAAAAAAGAAUGUGGAGGAAGAAUAUCGGAAGUGGAAGUCUAUGACUAAUGAAAAUGACAUCAUCACACACUUCUCCUUGCAGGGAUCACCCCCUCUUUUCCUCUGUCUUCUCUGGAAAAUGCUGUUAGAAACUGAUCAAAUCAACCAAAUUGGUUAUCGAGUUCUGGAAAGAAUUGGAGCCAGAGCUCUGGUAGCUCACGUCCGAACAUUUGCUGAUUUCCUUGUGUAUGAGUUUUCAACUUCUGCAGGAGGCCAACAGCUCAAUAAGUGCAUUGAGAUGCUUAAUGACAUGGUGUGGAAAUACAACAUUGUGACUCUUGACAGGCUGAUCUUGUGCCUGGCUAUGCGCAGUCAUGAAGGAAAUGAAGCCCAGGUGUGCUACUUCAUUAUUCAGCUGCUUCUUUUGAAACCCAAUGACUUCAGAAACCGAGUGAGUGACUUUGUGAAGGAAAAUUCUCCAGAACAUUGGCUGCAGAACGACUGGCAUACCAAGCACAUGAAUUACCACAAGAAAUAUCCAGAGAAGCUGUAUUUUGAAGGCCUGGCUGAGCAAGUAAACCCACCUGUGCAAAUCCAGCCUCAGUAUCUGCCAAUUUAUUUUGGAAAUGUUUGCCUUCGUUUCUUGCCUGUGUUUGAUAUAGUCAUCCACAGGUUUCUUGAGUUACUUCCAGUCUCCAAGUCCUUGGAAACACUGCUUGAUCAUCUUGGAGGCUUAUACAAGUUUCAUGAUCGACCAGUCACCUACUUGUACAACACACUCCAUUACUAUGAGAUGCAUCUUCGGGAGAGGACAAACUUGAAACGCAAACUUGUCCAUGCUAUCAUUGGGUCUCUGAAAGAUAAUCGACCUCAAGGAUGGUGCUUGAGUGAGACUUACCUCAAGUGUGGUAUGAAUGCCAGAGAGGACAACCCUUGGAUCCCGGACGAUACAUAUUAUUGCAAGCUCAUUGGCCGAUUGGUUGACACCAUGGCUGGUAAAUCUCCCGGGCCUUUUCCAAACUGUGAUUGGAGGUUCAACGAGUUUCCUAAUCCAGCAGCCCAUGCACUUCAUGUUACCUGUGUAGAGCUCAUGGCUUUGGCUGUUCCAGGCAAAGAUGUUGGAAAUGCACUUCUGAAUGUUGUAUUAAAAAGCCAGCCUCUUGUUCCACGAGAGAACAUCACUGCUUGGAUGAAUGCAAUUGGACUCAUCAUUACAGCCUUACCAGAACCCUACUGGAUAGUUCUGCAUGAUCGGAUUGUAAGUGUUCUCAACAGUCCAAGCUUGACAUCCGAGUCUGAAUGGGUUGGUUACCCCUUCCAGCUCUUUGACUUUACAGCUUGCCACAAGGCGUAUUCUGAAAUGAGUUGUAGUUACACAUUGGCUUUGGCACAUGCUGUGUGGCACCAUUCAAGCAUUGGACAGCUCUCACUCAUCCCCAAGUUCCUUCCUGAAGUUCUUAUACCCAUCGUGAAAACAGAAUACCAGUUACUUUAUGUGUACCAUCUAGUAGGCCCAUUCCUACAGCGCUUCCAGCAGGAACGAACCAGGUGCAUGAUCGAGAUUGGUGUGGCCUUUUAUGAAAUGCUUCUAAAUGUAGAUCAAUGCAGUGUUCACUUAAACUUCAUGGAUCCCAUCUGUGACUUCCUGUAUCACAUGAAGUAUAUGUUUACUGGAGACAGUGUGAAAGAUCAAGUAGAGAAGAUCAUCUGUAACCUCAGGCCAGCAUUACAGCUUCGUCUUCGUUUUAUAACCCACAUCAGCAAGCAGGAGCCAGUUGCUGCACCACCACCUCCCAUGAACAGUGGAUCUCCAGCACCCCAAACAAGUCAGGUUCCAGUCAAUGUGACCUUACCUGUAACCCAAUAACAGUAUUGCGACUGGCAUGGUUUUUCUUUUUCUUUUUUUCCAAUGACUAAAAAGAACGACAUCAGUGAAGAAGGAACAUGAUUAUUUUUGUAUUUGUCUACAAAAUACUUCUUUUUUUUUUCUUCACCAUUUUACUUUGGAUUCCUAGAACAUACGUGAUCAUUGUUGGGAACUUUUUUUUUUUAAUCAUUUUAUUAUACCUAUUGACUCAUAGAAGAGAACAGACAUUCAAGGUGUAAAUUAUUGUACUUAGCAGUCCUUUAUUCUUGUGAAUACACACUUUUGGAGAAAUAUAUUUUCCAACUGAAUUGUCCAUUUUACACAUUGUAUCCUUUAACUGUUGUAUUGUGAUGCCUAUUGCUAUAGGUGUACUGUACCUUUUAGGAAAUGGCUUGGUCUUGAGCAUUUUUGCAACUUCUUUGUAUAGUUUUUCAGCUACAUUAAAAAUAUAUAUAUAGUAACUGGAAAAAAAAUAUUGUAUUCACCAUUAAAUCCUCCAAUAUUGAUGCACAAUAUAAGAUAUGUAUGUUUUUCGGUAUGUCUUCUAAAUCACUUUGCUCCAAGAAUGAUUUGCCAUACCUUUAACUUUACUGUUUACUUUACAAAGUCAAAGAAAGGAACACUCCAAACACCAUGAACUGACAUAACACCAUGUAAGUAUUCAUACCAUUUUACCAUAAAUUAUCCACUAACGCGAGACAAAAUCCCCAAUUAAAGAGCUUGCAUUUCCUCAGAGUAAGCUAAAGCUUACAAUGACUGUGGUUGACUCGGACAACAAUUUUUAGUGUCUGGGAGUCAAUCAAGGUCUACUGCUGGACUUGUAUUAUUUAUGAGUCGACCAACAUGGUGUGGACCAGUACAGACUACAGAGAUUGGCUUCACACCUGGGCUGAGGUAUCCAAUCACUAGGACAGCCUGUUACAGGAAUCAGAAGAUGGAGCAGUGUCAGACAGAGGUUUCCAACAACUCCCCAGUACAUGUUGUGAAUUCCAUUACAGCACAGUAUCUUAAAGUUAUCAUUGUAGCUGGUCCUGUAUCUUACAUGUAUCUUAC